AUGCGUGAGAUCGUUCAUGUUCAAGCCGGUCAGUGCGGUAACCAGAUUGGAGCGAAGUUCUGGGAGGUUAUCUCCGACGAGCACGGCAUUCAACCCGAUGGAACGUAUAAGGGAGAAACGGACCUUCAGCUAGAGAGAAUCAACGUUUAUUACAACGAGGCUAAUGGAGGCAAGUACGUUCCUCGUGCCGUGUUGGUCGAUCUUGAGCCAGGAACAAUGGAUUCAGUCCGUUCUGGACCGUUUGGAGCCUUGUUCCGCCCUGAUAACUUUGUGUUUGGGCAGUCCGGAGCCGGAAACAACUGGGCAAAGGGUCAUUAUACCGAAGGAGCAGAACUUGUCGACAAUGUUCUGGAUGUGGUCCGCAAAGAAGCUGAAGGAUGCGACUGCCUUCAGGGCUUCCAACUCACACAUUCACUCGGUGGUGGGACAGGAUCAGGGAUGGGCACACUUCUAAUUGCCAAGAUCCGCGAGGAGUAUCCUGAUCGAAUCAUGUCGUCGUUCUCAGUCGUCCCUUCUCCGAAGGUUUCUGAUACCGUUGUGGAGCCUUACAAUGCUACCUUGUCCGUUCACCAGCUUGUCGAGAACACUGACGAGACAUUCUGCAUUGAUAAUGAGGCUCUCUAUGACAUCUGUUUCCGAACCCUUAAGCUCACGAAUCCUACUUAUGGAGAUCUUAACCAUCUCGUAUCCGUAACUAUGUCGGGUGUAACAACGUGCUUGCGCUUCCCUGGCCAACUAAACGCCGAUCUUCGAAAGCUGGCUGUCAACAUGGUACCAUUCCCACGACUCCACUUCUUUAUGCCAGGAUUUGCGCCGUUAUCGGCUAAGGGUGCGCAAGCCUAUCGUGCACUUACUGUUGCGGAACUCACUCAACAAAUGUUCGAUGCAAAGAACAUGAUGGCCGCCUGCGAUCCUCGUCACGGGCGGUACUUGACCGUUGCCGCUAUGUUCCGUGGACGAAUGAGCAUGCGCGAGGUCGACGAUCAGAUGAUGUCGGUGCAGAACAAAAAUUCGUCAUACUUUGUUGAAUGGAUCCCGAACAAUGUGAAAACAGCAGUGUGCGACAUUCCCCCACGCGGUUUGAAGAUGGCAGCUACGUUUGUUGGAAACUCGACAGCUAUUCAGGAGCUUUUCAAGCGGAUCUCUGAGCAGUUCACUGCAAUGUUCCGCCGUAAGGCGUUCUUGCACUGGUACACCGGUGAGGGAAUGGACGAGAUGGAAUUUACGGAAGCUGAGUCGAACAUGAACGAUCUCGUAUCGGAAUAUCAGCAAUACCAGGAAGCAACCGCUGAUGAUGAGGGCGAACUCGAGGGAGGCGUUGAAAAUGACACCUACGCAGAAGAGCAAUGA